GUUGUUUUUUUCCCUUUCCCCGGUCAGGCUCCUCUCUACCUGAGGACCUCGCAACCCGAGGUUAACCACGGCCUGAGGAAAUUUGCUCCAUCUCCAGCAGCAACCACUGCUCCUUUUGAUGUUGUGGUACGCCGUGCGCAUGCGCCUCACAUUAGAAUUACUGCACUGGCCAGAAUAAGUUGGAUCUCUUCUUCUCUUCACUGAAACCCUAAAUCAUAUCAAAAGCUAAAGGGAUGCUGAGAGUCCGGAAGAAGGGUUACUUUGGGAUUUGGUCCUUCCCUUUAAUAAUUGCCGUGGUGUGCGCCCAGAGUGUCAAUGACCCUAGUAAUAUGUCACUGGUAAAAGAGACCGUGGAUAGACUGCUGAAGGGCUAUGACAUUCGCUUGAGGCCAGAUUUUGGAGGUCCCCCAGUGGCCGUUGGCAUGAACAUAGACAUUGCCAGUAUAGAUAUGGUGUCAGAAGUCAAUAUGGACUAUACCUUGACAAUGUACUUUCAGCAAGCAUGGAGAGAUAAGAGGCUGUCGUAUAAUGUAAUACCUCUAAACCUUACUCUGGACAAUAGAGUAGCUGAUCAGCUAUGGGUUCCCGAUACCUAUUUUCUGAAUGACAAGAAGUCAUUUGUACAUGGUGUCACUGUGAAGAACAGAAUGAUCCGUUUGCAUCCAGAUGGGACAGUUCUUUAUGGACUAAGAAUUACAACGACAGCUGCUUGUAUGAUGGACCUACGCAGAUAUCCGCUGGAUGAGCAGAAUUGCACACUGGAGAUUGAGAGCUAUGGCUAUACAACAGAUGACAUUGAAUUUUAUUGGCGAGGGGGUGAUAAUGCAGUCACAGGAGUGACAAAGAUCGAACUGCCACAGUUCUCCAUUGUAGACUACAAGCUUAUCACCAAGAAUGUUGUUUUCUCUACAGGUGCCUACCCAAGGCUGUCUCUCAGCUUUAAACUUAAGAGAAACAUUGGUUACUUCAUUCUACAGACCUACAUGCCUUCUAUUCUGAUCACUAUCCUGUCCUGGGUUUCCUUCUGGAUUAAUUACGAUGCUUCAGCUGCAAGAGUUGCUUUAGGAAUCACAACUGUACUCACAAUGACAACAAUUAACACCCAUCUUCGAGAGACUCUUCCCAAAAUUCCAUAUGUGAAAGCCAUUGACAUGUAUCUCAUGGGAUGUUUUGUCUUCGUUUUCAUGGCUCUGCUGGAGUAUGCUUUGGUCAACUACAUCUUCUUUGGCAGGGGACCUCAGCGUCAAAAGAAAGCAGCAGAAAAAGCUGCCAGUGCCAACAAUGAGAAGUUGCGAAUGGAUGUCAAUAAGGACAGAAGAAUAAUUGGCACAUAUCAUUGUCCAGAAAUGUAUUCAACAAAGAUGGAUCCACAUGAAAAUAUUUUGUUGAGCACGCUUGAAAUUAAAAAUGAGAUGGCUGCCUCUGAGGCUGUGAUGGGGCUUGGGGACCCUAGGAGCACGAUGCUGGCCUAUGACACUUCAAGCAUCCAGUACCGGAAAGCUGGCUUACCCAGACACAGCUUCGGUCGCAAUGCCCUGGAGCGGCACGUGGCACAGAAGAAAAGUAGGCUACGGAGACGUGCAUCUCAACUGAAAAUUACCAUCCCUGACUUGACUGAUGUAAAUGCCAUAGAUAGAUGGUCACGCAUAUUCUUCCCUGUUGUUUUUUCCUUCUUCAAUAUUGUCUAUUGGCUUUACUAUGUGAACUAAGAAACAAAGCCACACAGGAAGCAAGAACUGGAUUUCUCUUCAAAUCAGUUGUACAGCCAAAAGUGGGACUUAGAAAAAUUCUAUUCAGGACAAAAAGUUAUUUUAAAACACCUUAGUUGCUGGCCCACUCUCUGGUGUGCUUUUAUAACAUUUUGGUUGUUCCUGCUAAGUCAUAAAUAUGUAAAUUUGCAGUAUGGACACAUCCCCUUAUCAAACUACAAGCGCAUUCAAAUGCAAAUGCAAAUUAGAUUCUGACAAUCAUCUCUGUCUCGCUGUCCCCCACAAUCUUCUUUUAGUGCUCAUGUAAGUUUAGUGACACAAAUUACAGGUGUAACAAGUUCUAGUUUCAACAGCAGUAUAUACCAUUCCCUGUGAAACUGUGUACACAAGACAUGCAUCUACACUUAAGAGAGUGUACUGUUAUUAUGCUUAUGAAACACACAGUUUACCUUUUAAAGGUGUAAACUUGAAAACAAGUAGUGCCUAUCAUCUUUCCAAGAUGAUGAUGGUCAGAGGUUUCCCAACCAUAUUCAGAUAUUUCCUGAUUAUUGAAAGAGCUAAACCUUUGACUGAUAAUAUUAGGGUUGGGUGUUUGCACAGAAGCUGAAGCAUAAAGCACUAGUUUUGUUUGGGUUUUAAAGAGAGAGCAUAUGCUUGCAGUCUCAAUGACUGUGGUUGUGAUCUGUAGAGGAAUGUAGCAGUGGUAUAAAAAUGAAUCAAGCGAUCAUGUCCUGAAUGGGUAGACGUGCUGUUGUUUUGUGUUGGGGAAGGGGAAUCAUUUUUCCAAUGUGCCAAAAGUUGGUUGGCCAGAUAAUAAUUUUCUAGGUAGCUGAAGGAAACCAAUGGUGCCCUGGCAUUCUACUGAAAGGUAGAGAACAAUUAAAAAUCAAGCACCAACAAAAGACAAGGCUAUAUAUAUCUAAGAGUGUGUGUGUGUAUAUAUGUCUGCAUGCAUUCAUAUACCUACUUGUCUGUGUAUACAGACAUAAAUACACACACACACUGCAAAUUAAUGUUGUCAGUCACAGUACGUACCUUAGUCUGAAAUAUUCAUAUGGGUUUGUGUGAUUUCUUAAAAGUUUGCAGUCUCUUUAGUGUUAUGCUUGUCACUGUCAUUAUGCUUAACACGUAACAUUCAGUUUGAUUAAAGAUAUCAUACCUCUUUCAACAGUAAAUAUCUGAGCGUAUGUACUUCAGUACAAAGAUACUGACAGGGUAUUUUCUCAGUCUGGAGUAGGUAAUACCAUUUCACUU